CAUGGAUGCUAGCACAUCGGACAAGCAGUUAACCUGGCGGGUGACCGAGCAUUCGAGUGCCCGCUGGUGAGGUUUGACACGACGAUUCGUUUGAAUGGUGGGUUAUUGAAGAUGAGCUCUUGAAUGACCGCCAGGGUCUGGGUGGUGCCUUCCUAUCACGCUCUCGUCGCCAGUGCCAAGGCCGGAACCAGAACAAACGGUAAGAGUAAAUAGACACCUCACUCCUCCUUUCUGUGCCAUUUCUCUUCCAGAUCCUCCUUUCUACUCAUUCCUUUGUACGUACGUCGGUUGUCCCUUUUGCUACCGUACAUAAGCCUCUCGACUUCGUAUAUAAUCAACGAGCAUGCACCUGCCAUCAAUAAUUGCUGGCCUGUUGGCAGCAGGCAUUCAGGGUGCUGUCCUUGGGCCGCGUGUAGAUGCUCUGGCGAGUGGCACUAUAGUUUCUGAACGGGACCCCGUUCCUGCCAACGAGCUGUCGUCGCGUGCCUUUGCACAAGAUGGCUACUGGCUGAAUGACCUGUCGGGCAAGGGCAAAGCUGCCUUCAACAACAAUCCCAAUGCCUACAAAGUCUUUCGCAACGUGAAGGAAUAUGGGGCCAAAGGCGACGGUGUGACAGAUGACUCGGAUGCGUUCAACCGUGCCAUUGCCAAUGGGAACCGCUGUGGUCCCUGGGUUUGCGACUCGUCCACUGACACUCCUGCCGUCGUGUACAUUCCGUCUGGUACUUACCUCAUCGGCAAGCCGAUUAUAUUCUACUACAUGACGCAACUCAUCGGAAAUCCUAGGAGUCUCCCGGUUCUCAAGGCUGCCCCUACUCUUGAUGCUCUGGCCCUCAUUGAUGCCAGCCCCUACAGCAACCAGAAUGGUCAGCCCGGAUGGAUCUCGACGAAUCUUUUCAUGCGCCAGAUCCGAAAUUUGGUUAUCGACGGUACAGCUGUUCCGCCGAAAAAGGGGUUCCAGGGCAUCCAUUGGCCAGCUUCGCAGGCGACAACGAUUCAGAAUGUAAAGAUCAGAAUGACCCAGUCAUCCGACUCAGUGCAUGCUGGCAUCUUCGUGGAGAACGGUUCCGGUGGACAUAUGGCGGACCUUGAAAUCGAAGGAGGCUUGUACGGCAUGAACAUCGGCAAUCAACAGUUCACCAUGCGCAACAUCAAAAUCUCAAAGGCUGUCAUUGGUAUCUCCCAGAUUUGGAAUUGGGGCUGGCUUUAUUCAGGCCUCUCCAUCAGCGACUGCGGCACGGCUUUCUCGAUGAUUAACGGCUACCUGAGCAACAAGCUCGAGGUCGGUUCAGUGGUCAUAAUCGACAGCGAAAUCACCAACUGCCCGAGAUUCGUCGAUAUGGCGUGGAAGAGGGACAGCGUACCAAUCGGCGCCGGCCAGCUGAUCCUUGAGAAUAUCAAGCUGAAUAACGUGCCUAUUGCGAUUAUGGGAUCCGGAGCUACUAUCCUUCAAGGCGGAUCACUUACAAUCCAAGCAUGGGGCCAGGGCAACAAGUAUUCUCCCAACGGCCCAGAGAAGUUUCAAGGGCCCAUUGCCACAACUAGCCGGCCUGCAGGUCUCCUGGAAGGUGGCAAGUACUACAGCAAAUCCAAGCCCCAGUACGAGAACCUCAGUGCUGGAGACUUCGUCAGCGCUCGCAGCGCUGGUGCCACGGGCGAUGGCUCCACUGAUGACACGAGGGCCGUGCAGGACGCCAUUAACAGGGCAGUAUCGCAGAACAAGGUUUUAUUCUUCGAACACGGCGUGUAUAAGGUAACCCAAACGAUCUAUGUUCCACCUGGAGCCCGCAUGGUCGGCGAAACCUUCUCUGUUAUCAUGGGCUCGGGUAACACCUGGUCGAAUAAGGACAGCCCAGCAGCUGUGAUACAAAUCGGCAGGCCUGGUGAGAGUGGACGCAUCGAAUGGUCAGAUAUGAUCGUACAAACCCAAGGAGCAACCCCUGGAGCCAAAGUCAUCGAGUACAACUUGAAUACUGAACGUGGCUCUGGUCUAUGGGAUGUACACACCCGUAUCGGCGGCGCCAAGGGCACUCAGCACCAGGUGCAACAAUGCCCAAUCCACACGACAAAGCCUGAGUGUAUGGCGGCACACACUAACGUUCAUGUGACUAAGUCUGCUUCGGGAGCAUACUUUGAGAACAACUGGUUCUGGACUGCUGAUCACGAUAUGGAUGACCGGAACAGCACGCGUGUCUCCAUUUUCACUGGACGUGGCUUGCAUGUGGAAGCCUCAAACGUUUGGCUUUGGGCAAAUGGCGUCGAGCACCAUGCACUUUAUCAAUAUCAGUUCAACGGAGCUCGCGAUGUCUUCGCUGGUUUCAUCCAAACAGAAACCCCUUACUACAUGCCCAACCCCGAUGCCAAAUCUCAGCCGUACGGGCGAUCUGAUGCCUUCUCCGACCCCGAUUAUGCCUCUGCUUGCCCGGCAGGUAUCUGCGACGCAUACGGUCUUCGCGUCCUGAAUUCCAAGAAAGUCUUGAUCUAUGGUGGUGGCUUGUACUCCUUCUUCAAAAACUAUGACGUCUCCUGCUCCUCUCCUGAUGCCCCCAACGGCUUCAGGAACUGUCAAAAUCAGAUCUUCAGCAUUGAAGGCGAUUCGAGUGUUCAAGCAUUCGCGCUAAGUGAAGUCGGCGCAGAGCAGAUGGUGACUAUCGACCGCCAAGACAAGGCCAAAUGGUCCGACAACCUGAGCGUCUACUCCAACACGAUCGGCUACUUCAGCUACAAAGUUUAG